UUGCUUGUUGGAAAAAAGAGGCAUUGUGUGCUAUCUUUUCUCCAAGAAACAUACUUUGGCUGGCUUCAUCCGGCGUUUGACCAACUAAUAAGAAAAUGAGCGAUGAAGAAGUUUCAGAAAUGACGCCAGUCGUAUUCGUGCAGUCCACCGACAACACCAAUCAAGUUGCGCAAGUGGAAUCCAUGUAUGUGUUGCUCGGAGUUGUCAUAUUUUUCUUAGUUCUCUACAUUCUCAUUGUCUCCGAUCGACAUUUUCGUCGCAGGAUGAGUUGGCUUGACUCAUUGUCAGUAACACCCCGCAAUCCGCGCAUCGAGUAUGCAAACCGUGCUCACCGGCGAGACAACGUACAGGCAGAGCCGAAGAAGCCAACGAUCGUGAGAUUCAAGAUAAACGGAAAGGUUCUUCGUGAUGAAGAUUAGUUAUAGAAAUAUUCAUAAAUUUUUGAUAUUGUGGUUUUAAAUGAAAACUUGGAAAA